AUGGAGGAUGAGAAGGUUAUUGUUACCUGCGUGUCCGGAGAUAAGGGUGUGAGCUCACCUUAUUCGAUUUUUUCGUCGGAUAAUCAUGGAGCUUUGAUUACUUCGGUUCAGUUAAAAAGUGACAAUUAUAAUGAGUGGGCAACGGAGAUGAUGAACGCUCUCCAAGCUAAGAGAAAAACCGGCUUCAUUUAUGGUACUUUUAAGAAGCCGCCGGAGGGACAUGCUAAUCUAGAGGCUUGGCUCAGUGUGAAUUCCAUGAUUGUGGGAUGGUUGCGAACAUCUAUCGAGCCACGAGUUAGAUCAACUGUGACGCAAGAUGGGCAAGCAGUGAUUGACUAUUACGGUCGCCUAGCAAAUAUGUGGAAAGAAUUGCAAACAUAUAGGCCUCCAUCGGCUUUCCAUGUUGGACAUGUUGUCACGGCGAUCAUAGAAGCUGAUGUCCUACCAGACAUAGGAAAAGUCUACAACAAGAAUGUGCAUGAAGAAUAUCGUCUAAACUCUGCGAAAAUUCGUGAACAACAGCAGGAGGCUGUAGGGUUUACAACUAGACGUGAUAAUGGUGACUUAAGUGUAGGACGUGGAGGUUCACAUGAUGACUUCACCUCACAAGUGUUCAGAACAAAGGACAAUAUCGAACUUCUAAUUGGGUACCCGAAGUGGUUUACCGAAAGAAGAGGAAGAGGAACUUGUGGUACAUCAAGAGGAGGAGGUGGUCGAGGUAACAGUUCGUCUCUGGGAAGAGGACAAUCUAAUGCGGCCUUUGCGACCAUAUCAAAUCCAGUAGGAUCUACACCUCCCGAGCUAACUCCAGAACAGUGGAGAGCGAUCACUCAAAUCAUCAACAACAAAUCAAACUCUUCCGAUAAGUUGUCCGGUAAGGAUACGGGUGAUGUGAUUAUUGAUACAUGCACAUCACAUCAUAUGAUGGGGGAUAUCAACCUACUCAUUGAUCUCGAAGAUAUUUCUCCAUGUAAAGUUGGGUUUGUUGAUGGAAGCACCACGGUUUCAAACAAAGUGGGCGUGUUGCCUUUGUCUGAUCGUAUCUCAUUAUACGAUGUGUUAUAUGUUCCAUAUUUGAAUUGCUCUUUGAUCUCAGACCGGUGUUCGAGGAUGCUGAUUGGAGCAGGUGAAGAACGUGAUGGGUGUACUAUGUUACGGAUGUCAGAGCUUAUGUUGAUCAAGUUUUGGAGAGAAGAUGAUCUUGCAGCAGCACACGUUAUAAAUAUCACUCCAACCAAAGUUCUUACCGGGAAGUACGCUCACAAGUUGUUGUUUGUACCAGUUCCCUCGUACUCUGAUCUGCAAUUAUAUGACUCAGAGAAGAACGAGUUUCUUGUGUCUCGUGACGUGAUCUUCAAGGAAAAUGAAUUUUCGUUUUCAAACAGUUCAUCUGAAGAGGAUAAACGCCACAAGUUCCAAGUGUUGAGCAUGUCUCUCAAGACUGCAAUAAUUGAAAUUGGACCAAAAGUAGGAGGAAAAAGGACUGCAGACACACCAGCGGUGGUUAACCCUGAUAAUGCAGCAGAAACAGAGGUAGCUUUGGGUUCACUCAUUUGUUUCAUCCCUACAAAAGACAUGUUCACGUUCCUCCUCAACACCGGUUCUCUCGACGUAGUUUAUGUUUUUGUUAUUGCUACCACCAUAGAGCAUAGAAGCUACGACAUUAAACCUUCAGUCAUUGUUAUAAUUAUUUCUCCACUGAUCACAUUAAACUUUGAGUCUCCUUCUCUCUCUCUUUGGAUCUUCUCCAAUUGCAGGGGAGUAUCAAACACCAUACGGCUCUGA